UCCUGUCUUGCAAGCAAAUUAAGAUCAUAAAAAGGUUUAGAGAUUUUCUAACAAACGUCAAAGCAAAGCAUCAUUAGAGCAAGCUUCAAAUCGUCAUGAUAACAGUAGCCAUCGCCGCUGAGUUGCUUGAAGAAUACACGGCAGCGCUUACACGCAUCACCGCCACACUCCUCCCUCCACCACCAACAAGUCGCCGUCGAAGUGUCCGAGCUGACUCUUCUCUUCCUCGUAACGAUAACUCAUCAUCUCGCGCUCCAAAUUACACCGCUUUUCUUUUAAAUUUCUGAGUAUUUUUUGAAUAGACGAAGUGGUUUUCGAAUUUACUUCGUCUCGACUGUAAUAAUGUUAUUAAAUUGGAAUUUUCUAUUUAUUUUCGAGUUGAUUUUA